AUGGACGAAUGUGAAAUUGCAAAAACAUUAUUAUGGCAACAAUUUCAUUCAAGAUAUCAAUGUAAAGUUUUCAUGAAAUGUGUAUAUGCAACAUUAGAUAAAGUUUUUAUGAAGCAUAAUGCAUUGGCAAUUUUUGGUGAUCCGGGUAGUGGGAAAACGUAUUUCAUUACGAUGAUUAAAAAAUUAAUGUGGAAUGCCGGUCAUGUGGAAAGCCAUAUCAAUAAAACAUCGAAUUUUCCAUUUGAAAACAUGUUUAAUAAACGUAUUGCUGUAAUCAAUGAAAUGAAUGUAUCACAAUCAUCGAUACAAGUUGUAAAAGAAAUUUUGGAAGGCAAAGAUGUUUGCAAACGGAAUCUGGGGAAUCCACGCCGCCGGAACCAGCUUCGCACAUAUCCAUUGGCUGCACCUCUGCAACAACUAUCAUCGACAAGACUUGGUUCAACGCAUAGUUUCAUUAAUGAAGAAAUAAGAAAACAAUUAAAACUACCAUGGGUAGAACAAGGAGAAAUAAUUGUUAACCAAGCCACAUCUGAAACAGCAGCUUUAGGAAUCGUAAAGAUUGAAGUCCAAAUUGGUGUAAUGGUCAGAAAUCAUUUAUUUUACGUGCUGCCAAUUAACCAUGAUGUAAUCAUAGGAGUUGAUGCUAUGAAGAAAUUUCAAAUUUAUCGUGAUAUAAAUGGAAUUGUAUAUCAAAAGAUAGAUAGCAGAAAUUACAUGGUUGAAACGCACAAAAGAAAUGAAGUUGAAGUUAAAUUAAAAAAUGUCGAAAUAACAGAAAUAGAAGAUGAAGAAUUAAGAACUCUGAUCAGAAAGUAUGAAAACGUUUUUGCCAAAGAAAAAGGUGAAAUUGGACAAAUUAAAGGUGAAUAUUGUUAUAUAAACCUAGAAAAUUCGAUUCCUAUAAAUUUGAAACCGUAUAGAACAACGGUAAAAGAUAAAGAACGAAUCGAUCAACAAGUAAAAGAAUUGUUGAAUCGAGAUGCAAUUAGAAAAUCAACAUCAGAUUAUUCCUCAGAGAGUUGGCAUUUACAAAUAGCCAGAAAUCACAUAAAGAAGCAAUAA